CGUCUCGUGUGUAGGUGUUGUAGCUGAAUGACACCAAUACUAAAAUACUGCUGACCGCUUAGCGCUGCUCGAAUACUUUUUUUCUCCACGCGCGUAGCUUAACUGGCCGCAAUGCACAGACAACGGAAGUAAAGGUUCUGCUCGGUCAUAAUCGCAGGAUACCGUUAAUACGUACAAGUAUAGUUUGUGCAGUUUUAAAACAGUAAAGUUUAGCAGCGCUCCACCGUCAGCUCAUUCAGUUCUAAAAGCUUCAAUAGUACAGUUCUUAUCGGUUAGACCGUGCGAUAAACGGUAAAUUCUUAUGUAAACAAUGCAUCCGAUUAAUGCAACAAAUCAAAGUGUGACCGUCGUUGAUAAAACCACGCAUAACCGUCCAUCGUCGCCGCGACAAUUUUUCGAACGUCUCUAUGGACAUCUUGAAACAAAUGAAACGGUGUCCACGAUUAAUCCAAGUGGCGUCGUCGCCGCCGCCAUUGGUGAUUCUCAUAAAUCACCGCAAAUCACAACAACAAAUGAAAGUGAGCGCAAAAAAAUUGUGACCAAUUUGAGUGCGUCUAUAUGUGAUAGCACCUAUCAAAGUGAUGAGGGCAGUGUGUCCUCGCCGGAAAUCUCUAUAAACGACGAUGAAAGAUUGCCAAACGGUUGCUCCAUAUACGAUCCGUACAGCGCACAUGAUUAUAAUAAAGGUUGCUACAAUUCAAGGACGGCAAUGCCAAAUAUACCGUUUGGAUUCCCGAGUGAACCACAUUUUACCGCCGGUUUUACGGCUUUUCUUGCUCGUCGCAGACGAAAGGAGGGUCGUCAGCGGAGACAACGCACCACAUUUAGCACAGAGCAAACGUUGCGUCUCGAAGUGGAGUUUCAUCGUAAUGAAUAUAUUUCGAGAAAUCGUCGCUUUGAAUUGGCAGAAACGUUGCGUUUAACCGAGACACAAAUCAAAAUUUGGUUCCAAAAUCGGCGCGCGAAGGACAAACGCAUUGAGAAGGCACAAAUCGAUCAGCAAUAUAGAAAUUUUGUCGUGGCCAAUGGUUUUAUGACGACAAUCAUGGGACACACAGCGAGCUAUCCACCGCCCAUGCCAAUGAUAACGAAUCUGCAUCAGGGCUACUACCAACAACAACAUGCGCCCAAUAAUGGUAGUGUUUUACAACCAACACCAACAACAAUUGGUGGUCCACCACAACCACCUUCAACGCUGCCAUCGACAGCGUCAGCGUCGCAGCAACAAACACGCAAUUCGAUCGUGGAUGGUAUCAACAGCAACAACAACAACAGCGUAGGUGCAAAUACAACAACGCCAAAUGGCGAUUUCUACACACAAACAACACAUUCAGGGCUAGAUCCACAGGCGCGCACACCACAACUAGCCGCAAAUCAUCUCGCACGCCUCGGCGGUGUUGAUUAUGGCGAUUUGAAUGAACGCGUCUUUUGCAAAGGCGUUGGCGGCAGUAGUGCCUCGAGUGGUUUAAGCUCGCUCAUUGAUUCGUGUUAGCCAAUUGUAAUAUGUAGUAAUCAGCGAUCUCUUGUUUAAUUUUUAAUUGCAUUGUAUUUGCUUUGUUUUAUGCUCGGAGUAAAAUGUCUCGAUUUUUGUAUAUAUUUUAAGAUUAUAGAAACUUUGCAUCAAACCCGUAAUAAUUAUUGAAAUAAAUAUCUAUUGUAUA